CUGUGGUUGGUCUGUAGGUUGACGGGCAGCAGGUGAGCCGCGGCGGGUUCAGGUGAAUCCUCUUUAUUUACCUUCUGGGGCUGGAACGCGAGGACGGGACCGCGACAUGAGUUCACCGGUGAUAUUUAAACCAAGGAUAUCACGAUGUGUCCUUCUGCUGCUGCAGCGUCUGGAGUCCUGAGUGGAACUGCACUGAGAGACGAAACCUGAGAAAACCCAGACAAUCCCUCUGCAAUUGGAAGAGGAUGGUACGUCCCGCGGUGCCUUUGUUUCCUGUGCAAGGAAAACUUCAAUCACUUUCAAGCUCCAUCUUCAUUGGUCUGUCCAGGGUUCUGUGAUGUCCCUCUAGGUGUCCACCGAUUGGUUCUUACUACCACUUGGAAGACUUGUCAGCCAAUCGGCCUCUGCCUGGCAGCAGCGUCUCCUCUGCAGCAGUUUCCUGGGACAGAGCACAGCGACAGAGGGGAGAUCGACCUGCACUGCAGCUGAAUCAGGGAAUCUGAACAAGUGACGUCCAUCAUGGAGGUGCCCAGGAGGCGACUGCCUUCCUUCACGUUGACUCUCCCCAAACCAGCCUCAUCUGCACUGGCUUCCUUUGGAGCUUUACAAAAAGUCACCAAGAAGGAUUCAAUGCCCCAGGAGCCAGAUGAAGCCUCAGAGAAAACUGAAUCUGGAGAAGAGACAUUCAUCCCAGAGGCUGAGGACUCGGAUGCUUUUGUUGAAGAUCCAGCUGAGACCUCGGGACCUGUAGAUACAAGGUCAAGAAUUUCCUCACAGGAUAGCUUUACGGAGGAGAGGUUAGCACAGGAUGCGGAAGAGGUCGAGAAGAAAUCUGAAGAAGAGGAAGCAGCGGCUAAGGCGAGAGCAGCCCAGAGACAACUGAUGUCCAUCGAGGAGCUGGUCCAAUCUGAGAGGAAUUAUCUUCGACUGCUGCAAGUCAGCACAGUGACCAUCAGGAGCAACCUGCAGACACUACAGCCUCCUCUAGCCAACCUGGACAGCAUGUUUCUCUACAUCGAUGAGGUGAUGGACGUGUCGAGUCGACUACUCAGCUUGUUGGACCAGAAGCAGGUUCAGCCGGGAGAUCCUCAAUUCCUGGAGACGCUCUGUGCUUCGUUCCUCAGCCUGUCUUCAGACAUCGAAGCAGCCUAUAGGGAAUACUUGGCCAACUACAACAAUGUCACCAUGUUGGAAAACAGCUACAAACAGAAGGAGGACGUCUGGAAUGAGAUUGUCGAUGUCAUCAAGGCCUCAGCGCCUGAGGUGAAUGCUACUUCUCUGAGUUUCUUCCUGGUGAUGCCGGUGCAGCGGAUCGCCCGCUACCCGCUCCUCCUGCAGACCAUUAAGAAACACACCGACCCGGCUCACCCUGCGUACGCAGUCCUGGAGCACACGGCUCACACCUCCAUCGCCAUCAACUGUCGAAUCAACGAGUACAAACGCUUCAGGGAAGUCGCUGACAAAUACAAGAAAACCGAAACCUUAACCAUCAAAGACAAGAUCAACCGUCUCAACUCCCACAGCAUCGCCAAGAAGACGGCGAGGCUCAGCCAGCAAAUCAAACACGAGGCUGGAAUAGUUCCUAAGCUGGUUGAUGAGGAGUUUAACGUCCUGGAAGGUUUCUUCCACGUCCUGGGCCACGGGAUCCUGCAGCUGCUGGAGAAUGUGGAGACGUAUCUGCACCAUCUACAAGGUUUCCUGGCCUGUAAAACGGAGGAGUUUGACUUCGACAUGGACGGAGAGAAGCUGCUGAUCUGCUACAAAGAGAUCACCACAGCGCUCAGACAGUGGAUCCUUCCUACGUUUGAGAAGAGGAUGAGGACGUUGAUUCACAAACCGCUGUGUGCGCUCCGUGACCUCCUGGUGGGCCCGAGGAACCUGAUCAAGAAGAGGCUGGACAAGCUGCUCGACUACGAACUGAUCGAAGCCAAAUCGAAUCUGACCUACGAGGAGCAGGCGGUGGCCAACACCUACAGGACAAUCAACACUUUGCUCCUCAACGAGCUUCCUCAGUUUAACGCUGUAGCUCUUCAGAUGAUCUGGAGCAUGUUGGGGACGUACAGCUGUCUCCACAAAGACCUCGCCUCAGACAUGGAGCAACUUUUCCAGAGCUUUACACAACAGCUGCCGCACAGCUCAUUCAGCCCUGGUGCAUUCUGGGAGUGGGCAGACACCGCGGUGUUGGAAGGGGCGAGGAGGCUUGAGACUCUGUGUCGAAGUGUCGAGGAAACACUCAACGCGCCUUUCGUCCAGCCUCUGAGCCCGUCCUCCCAGCGGCGCCUGAAGCAGCUGACGGAUAAACACGGCUCUGGAAAGAUCUACCAGGUGGGGGGAGUUGUUGUGGGAAGCCGCGACCUGGACCUGAACCUGGCCAAAGGGGAACUGGUGGCCAUCAUCAGCGAGAUGGACACACGCGGAGACAAACGCCGAUGGCUGGUGGACACAGGAGGCAGAAGAGGCUACGCUCCUUCCUCGAAGCUAAUUCGCUAUCACCAGCCAUCAGAGGACCCGCCCCCCUCGCCACACCUGACCUUGCCCGAUGGCGCGACGGGAAUCAGAAGACACUCCUACACCCCCGAGAGCCGGCCGCUGACAGUCAUGAGCCAGCCUAGCUUCCAGGUGAUGGCAGCCUACGACUUCACGGCCAGAGGAAGCCAUGAAGUCUCCCUCCGGGCCGGCGAGUCGGUCCGCGUCCUGGAGGCCCACGACAAGCGAGGGCACCCGGAGUGGAGCCUGGUCGAGGGGCGGGGGGGUCAGAGGGGCUACGUGCCCUCCAACUACCUCACCAUCACGCCACUGGGGACGGGACCACCCGGGGGUUUCCACUGAUGGGAAGGAGGACGGGAGGACUUGCACCUGAGGAAUCACAGCAGCACGUACAGCUUCAGUGUGAAGAGGUUCUCACUGCUGCUCUCUACAGACGGCUUCCAGCUGUGGUUUUAAUAUUUAGCUGCAACUUUAAGCUCAUAAACUAAGCAAGUAUCUGCAUCAUGAUAAUCAGUGAUUUAGAAUUUCUUGAAAAAGGCCAAAAUACAAAGGAAAGCAAAGGAAGCUACGAUUGUUUUUUCAUUUUCCCCGAGGGAUUAUUCAGCCUAUUUAACCAAAAGCUUAUUUUUUUAAAGCCGACACUGAAGUGAAGAAACCAGAAGACUUGGAACAUUUAAAAACAAUCUCUCUGCGGUGCCAUCGGUGCUGAAGCUAAACUUUCAAAAUGACUCGACGGUGCAAAAACAUCUCAUAAAAACAUUAAUACCUUUGCACUCGGGUUCGAACAGUAAAACCUGGAGAAGAAUCUGGAAGAGUUCACGUGGGAGGAAAAGCCUUUGUCCCACAGAAAGUGUGAAUAUCAGCCAAGUGAUUGAUGAAUGUGACACACUGGGGGAAAGAUGAAGGAAGCAGCAGCAGCAGCUCCGGCGCUGGGAGUUGUACAGCACGGCGUCUUGCUCGUGGACACCUGGGCAGGUAGCGACAUCUGUUCGCGGGGACGGAUUUUAAUCCUGCAUCUUCAGGAUGCUCAUUUUGGAGGAUGUUUAAAAAGCAUCGGAUGAUAGUAGCGUUUCGGUCUGAGCUCUACAUGAAGAGAAGACGUUUGGACACGAAGACCCUGAACCCACAAAAGACUCCAUAUGUGUGUUGUGUUGGCAAACUAACUGCAACGCUUACACACCCUGAGCAUGUGUGUGUGCUUCUGUUUGACAUGAAGCUAGGCUGACAGUGUGUGUGUGUGUGUCUGUGUGUUUGCGUGUGUUUGUGCGCGAGAAGUCACCUCCUCCUCACCUGGAGGCAGGAUCAUCCCUGUAUCGAGACUGACAGGUACACGACGCCCUCAUCAUCUCAGACUGUGUAAUGGGAUGUAAAGAAUAGAAUGUCUCCAGGCCUGAAAAUAGACAGAGAGAGAGAGGAGGAAGAGGAGAUGUGAGGCGAGGAAGGAGAACAAGUGCAAGUGCUGCAGUAAAAUGGAAGAAAGACGUGUGGAGGAGAUGGAGUCGCUCUGUUAGUCUGAAGGUUUCCUCUCCAGCCUCCUUCGUUUUCGCUCUCUGCUCAGAACCCUGAUGUUAAUCCACUCUUCUUCUCACUCCAGCCUGUGAAGGUGAAGUGUCUCUGUUCCCUCGUUACUCUGAGAUCUACACUCGUCCAUCUCGCCUGAACACAAGAUUAUAAAUCCUGGAUACAAAAGAGCAUCAACAGGAUGGAUCUGAUCUGAGAUCUGAGCUCUGUGUUCAGAGACACCUGAUGAUGCAGCUGGCGUCUCGAUGGCGUCUCCUCGAGUCGACUGGACGGUGAAAACGUUCCGGGAGAAAUCUGGUCGUGUUUUGUCGGAUUAGUGAAAACGUUCCACUUCAUUAUGUCUCAGAGCUUCGAACGUUCAGUGGAGCACGGGAGGUUUACAGAGCUGCGUGAAAAGAGACAAGUACCUGCUCGUCUCCUCUUUUUUUAUUAGCUUUUAUUCAGAACAAUUGCUUAAAUCACUACAUGUAACUGGGACGGGCAAUUAAACAAAAUCAGUAUUUAUCGUCUGUCUUUCCACCUUAAAGACAUAAUAAUGACACAUUUAUAGAGAUAAUUAUAGGAACAUUUGUAUCCUGAGCCUGGAGUUCAUCUCACCUCGAUGAAGCUUUGAAGAAACUUCUCUCACUUUCUAGUAUUUGAUUCUAGUUUAAACGCUCUCGUGAAUCUUCUCUCUGGCAGCAUGGGCCUUGUUUCCAGUUUUCUAAGUGAUUAUCACAGCUUGAAUUUUAACAUCCAGAAAAUUAUGACUUCUUUUGAACGAAGUAAUAAUAAACGCAAUGAGUCUUUUAGAAACUCAAAUAAUUCAAUAAUAAUAAUAUGACAUCCCUGUUGGUACGUGAGCGUGUUUUGUAUGAUAUUUAGUUGGCUCCUGUUUCCUGAAUAGUGCAGGAGGAGGUGGAGGAGGGAGGAGGCUGAGAUCAGGAGCUGCUCAGCUGGAGCUUAGCUUCACCCAUCAGCCUGAAUGUCAGGACUGAGCAGAGCAGCAGGGGGGA